AUGCGACUGCUGCAGCACACGCAGUUGUACGGAGAGGUGGAGCAGGCCCUCGGUAAGCUCGACUCGCAGUCCCAUCCCGUGGCCGAGGCCCUGUCGGAGUCGCUCCAACGACUGAAGCGCGCAGACGCUGCGGUCCUGGCGCAGGGCCUGCGCUCCUCGCAGUUGAUCUCGGAUGCCCUCGCCGAGCCUUCCGCGCCCUCCGGAGGCCUCUCCUGGUUGGCGAAUGGGCCGAGCUUCCUCGUCCAGGCUCUGGAGGCCCUGGUCGACGGCCGGGAGUACCAAACUCGGCUCGGGGAUGAGGUGCGGCAGCGACAGCAGGCGGUUCUGCCCACCUUGCAAUCUGCCGCAUCCGUGACGGCAGACGUGCUGAAGGAAACUCGUCUCGCCUCCGCGCGCGCCUUCGAUGUUUUGAAGUACGACAUCUACACGCCAGGUGCCACCAAGACCCCGGAGCCUGUAAAACGUGCGGCAAACGCGUUGGUGGAGGCUUCAUCGGAGACCCGCCGUCGCUUCACGCACUUCAUCAGUAGCAUGGCGCAGAAUUUGGCUGCUGACGUCGAGAGCAGGCGUCUGCCAGCAGCCGCCACGCUCGCCUUGGCAGAUCUUGAGCCAACAUGGGCUCCCCGUUCGGUGGGAGCCACCGUCGAGUCCGCUCCCGUCGCCAAUGUCAUUUUUCCCGCCUGA